GGAGUUUCGCUGCAGCGUCCACAUGUUGGUUCAGGAUCGUUCCCGUCAGCGGGGAGCAGCUGAAGGGGUGAAGGCGACAUGAGACCCGGAGGAGCUCUGUAGCCGCUGAAAGUUUAAACACGGUUUGAAGAUGCUGAGUGACUCUGAGGCCGCAGAGCUUCUGUCCUUCCUGACGCCGGCGACCCGACCUGAUGUCAAAGGACGAGCCACUGAGUACAUCCUGGGCCUGUCGGGACACCGCGACGGCUGCCGGUUCCUUCGCUCCAGACCCGACCUUGUGGCCGCUCUGCUGGCGCUGACCUCUGACCCGUCCAUCGCCAUUGUCAAGGACUGUUUCCACGUCCUGAUCAACCUGUCGGCCGACGAGACUCUGCACCAGGUUCUGGUGAACGAUGUUGGCGUCCUGCCGGUUCUGCUGAAAAACCUCGUGGAUCCAGAGUACGUGUUCUCUGACCAGAUCUGCACCAUCCUGUCCAACCUGAGCCGCCACGAGAAAACCUGCAGGACUGUGUUCAAGGUUCUGCAGGAGCAGCUGGGUGUGGCUCAGCUGGUGGACAUCUUCUGCACUGAGGGUUACAAUCAGAAGGCCAAGCUGCACUACCUGGGUCCUCUGCUGUCCAACCUGACGCAGCUGCCCGAGGCCAGGACCUGCCUGCUGGACCCAGACAGGUGUGUCGUCCAGAGGCUGCUGCCCUUCACCCAGUACCAGGCGUCGCUGGUCCGGAGAGGCGGAGUCAUCGGCACGCUGAGGAACUGCUGCUUCGACCACCGGCACCACGAGUGGCUGCUGAGUGACGCCGUGGACAUCCUGCCCUUCCUGCUGCUGCCGCUGGCCGGACCGGAGGAGCUGAGCGACGAGGAGAACGAAGGUCUGCCGGUGGACCUGCAGUACCUCCCAGAGGACAAGACCAGGGAGGAAGACCCAGACGUCAGGAAGAUGCUGCUGGAGACGCUCCUGCUGCUGAUGGCGACCAAAGCCGGCCGACGGACCCUGAAGGACAAGAACGUCUAUCCCAUCAUGAGAGAGUUCCACCGCUGGGAGAAGGACGUCCAUGUCGCUGCAGCCUGCGAGAAGCUGGUGCAGGUUCUGAUCGGGGACGAACCGGAGCCAGGGAUGGAGAACCUGAUGGAGGUGGAGAUACCUGAGGAGGUGGAGGAGAAGCUGAAGGAGGCCGACGCCAAAGAACAGGAGGAGCUGCAGAAGGAGGAGAACAGUCGGAGCGGACCGACCCAGUAGAACUGGCCUGCAUCUGGUUCGCUGAGCUCCGGCCUCGAGCUCAGACAAGAAACCGGAGGAAGGUUCUGUUUCCUGGAGUUUCAAACACGUCUUCUAUGAAAAAACAAAGUAAAAUAACCCAACAACAAAGACCCAUUUAUCAGAACCAGAAACAGACAGAACAUCCAGAUCUUAAACCCUUCGAUGGUCCCUGAGCUCCUCGUGUGCAGCACGUUGUUCUGUCAGAAUAACGAACCCCUGAAGUCUGGGUGUGUCACCAAAAUGCUCACCAGAAAUUAACCAUUUGCUUUGACCCGGUUCUGUGGACAGUAGGAAAGUGUGAGCUCCUUGGUGCCGCUGUGAAGCCCGAGAGGCUCGGUUCUCUGAUUCACAGAAUCCUCAGACCAGUUUUUACAGCUUUUCUCUCGUGUCCUUCACUUGUCAGUAAAUAAAUGAGGAGAAACUGGA